AUGAGUCCCGGAUCCCGGAGCUGGUUGUGGGUCUGGUCGUGCUUGCUGAGCCUGAGCGUCUGGACCCGGGCUCUGGAGCUGGAGGAGCUGUUUGAGUUCGGAGAAGAAGCCGGAGACCAGCAGCUGCAGCCCGGCUCCGGCUCCCCCCCCCCGCCGCCCCCCCCCCGGCAGUCGUCCUUCGACAAAGUUUAUAUUAACACAAAUGGAUUUGUGGCCAUGGUCAACCCUCCAGCUGAGAAGGAGUACCUGGGGAAGAUGCCCACCAGUUUCAAAAUGAUCGCUGCCCUGCUGGGAGACCUGGACAACAGUGACGGACAGGGGAAGGUCUACUUCAGGCAGGACAGCAGCCCGGGUAUCCUGAGUCGAGCUGCCAUGCACAUCAGACAGGCCUUCCCCAGAGACGAAGGAAUGGAGCCCAACAGCGCCCUCGUCAUCACCUGGGAGAACAUGGCUGCCCAUGGGACUUCUGGACAAGGGGACGGCCUGGACACAAAGAGAAACACCUUCCAACUGGUUCUUGCCUCCAUGGUGUCGUCCUCCUGCGCCAUCCUCUUGUACCCCAGAGACGGCCUGCAGUUUGUCUCCACAUCCCUGGGGGGAGAUAGUACGCUCCUGGAGGCCGGCUUCAAUGAAGGCCUUGUGCAGCACUGGUUCUGGGGCACACAACAGGGCACAUACUUCCGCAUCACCACCGAUAACGGGACCUCCGUCAGGGAACUUACUGAAAAGACAAACUCAGGACGGAAAGGAGUUUGGGUGUACGAGAUCAGUGACUCACUGGACACCAUCACACCCGGUCAGGUCCCUAGCCUUCCUGAGGAGGAGGAGGAGGAAACUACUGAACUUCCUGAGGAGGAGGAAACUACUGAACUUCCUGUCUGUGCUCUGUCAUAUGCCAUGACCAUGUUGCCAAGGCAUCCCGAUGAAGGACAAGAAGUAGACUUGUCAACCUACGAAACCCAGUCAACGAUGACGACUGAAGCACCAGUACUAGAAGGAAAGGAGGCGUUUUCAACUGAGACUCCCACUGAGUACCUUCCCAGAUACCCAGAAGCUGAAACUGUCACACCAAGGUUCAUCGAACCAAAGACUGAAGAGCUGGAUUAUGAAGAACCGUUUGAGUCAAAUUACACUGAAUUUGAGACUGUCACACCAACACACCCCAGCUCUGAAAUGACUGAACCAAUGUACCCAGAUGAACCAGAUCCAACAUACCUUGAUCUGCCUGAACUGGGACACCCCGGUCCAUCUGAGCCGACAUCCGCCGAUGUACCUGAGCCGACAUCCGCCGAUGUACCUGAGCCGACAUCCACCGAUGUAACUGAGCCGACAUAUCCUGAUCUGUCUGAGCCUGGAUACCCCGAUCAAACUGAAACCAGACAGCCGACCUCAGAGCCUGUGCAACCAAGAUACACCGACCCUGAACCCAGUGAACCUAGACGCCUUCCAGUCGAGCCGAGUUACCCUGACCCUGAACCAGUCCAACCACACUACACUGUCUCUGAACCAGUCAAUUCAGUGCCACCACAUUCCCGGUCCCAGCAGCCCCAGAUUUUCGUAGUGGAUGAAGAUGAAGAUCUGGGUGUGAAUGUAUUUACGUACGAUUUGGAAACAUGUGCCAACAACAGGCACAAAUGCUCACCUUUCGCUGACUGCCGGGAUUACAGCAACGGGUACUGCUGCCACUGUAGGCCUGGUUUCUAUGGCAACGGCAAGGACUGUGUUGCAGAAGGCAAACCACAGAGGAUGAAUGGAAAGGUAAAUAGUCGAGUGUUUGUGGGGAACUCGGCUACACCUGUGGAGCUUGGGAACAGCGACUUGCAUUCGUACGUGGUGGCCAAUGACGGACGGGCCUACGUGGCCAUCAGCAACAUCCCCAAAAGCAUGGGUCCCUCCCUGCAGCCUCUGUCCUCGCUGGGGGGAGUCAUCGGCUGGGCCUUCGCCCUGGAGCAGCCCGGCUACCAGAACGGCUUCAGGCUCAUCGGCGGUGUGUUUUCCCGGCAGGCCGAGGUUGUCUUUCAGCCCGGGAACGAGCGUCUGAGCAUCAGACAGCAGUUUCAAGGAAUCGAUGAACACGACCACCUGGUGGUGAGCACUGAGCUGGAGGGCCGUCUGCCUGCCGUCCCGCUAGGGUCGUCUGUCCAGAUCAACCUGUACAAGGAGAUAUACCAGUACAACACAAACUUGAUCACUUCUUCCUCCAACCGCAACUACACCAUCACCUCCCAUGACGGGACGGUGCAGACCAGAAGCUACCACUGGCGUCAGACCAUCACCUUCGAGAGCUGCCCAUAUGAUGAGGCCACCAGGGCGGCGCCAUCCGCCCAGCAGCUCAGCGUGGACCAGAUAUUUGUGAUGUUCGAUGCCGAAAACAGCCUGAUCCGCUACGCCAUGAGCAACAAAAUCGGCUCUGUCCACAGCGCUCCAGAGCAAGAGCAGAACCCGUGUUUCACCGGUCAGCACCGCUGUGACACCAACGCCAUGUGCAGACCAGGUGAAGGCCUCCAGUUCACCUGUGAAUGCGCUGCUGGUUUCACUGGAGACGGGCUCUACUGCCAUGAUAUCGACGAGUGCAGGGAGACCCCUCAGGUCUGUGAAGCCAACGCCGUCUGCAGUAAUCAGCCUGGAACGUUCCGUUGUGAGUGCUCCAUGGGCUUCGUGUUCGCCAGCGAUGGAAGGACCUGCAUAGACGAGGACCGACCAGUGGAUCACUGCCACAGAGGAACCCAUGACUGUGACGUUCCUGAGAGAGCGCUGUGCAGCUACACCGGAGGCUCGGCCUACUUCUGCUCCUGUCUGCCGGGGUUUGAGGGAGACGGUCGGGUGUGUCGGGACGUAGAUGAGUGUCAGCAGGGUCGAUGCCACCGUGACGCCUUCUGCCUCAACACACAGGGAUCCUACACCUGCCAGUGCCGCCCUGGUUUCCAUGGUGAUGGCUUCCAUUGCAGCCCUGCGUCUUCAGAGCGUGAGAAGACCCAAUGUGAGCGCCACAGAGAGAGCGCCCUGGCUGCCACCUCCCCCGGCUCAGACCUCUUCUUUUUCCGUCCUCGGCCGGCCGUCGGUCACUACGUCCCUCAGUGUGAUGAACAUGGGGCCUACGAGCCCACGCAGUGCCACGCCGGCAUCGGACAGUGCUGGUGUGUGGACGCCAGCGGCCAGGAGAUCCCCAACACCCGGACCAGACCGGGACACACUCCUCUGUGCAUCGAUCACACAGUGACCCCUGCUCCGGUGGGUCCCACGCCACGGCCCGGCCUUCUCCCCGUCACUUCGGGGACGUACCUGCUGUUCGCUCAGAGCGGGAAGAUUGAACACGUUCCUCUGGAUGGAUACAACAUAAAGAAGGAGGAGGCCAAAGCUCUGCUGCACAUCCCUGACCGGGUGGCAAUCGCUGUGGCCUACGACUGUGUGGAGAGGACGGUUUACUGGACUGACAUCACGGGGCCGGCGAUCAGCAAGGCCAGUCUGAGCGAAGGAGACGUCAUCCCGGUCGUCACUACAGAGCUGCAGAGUCCUGAAGGCAUCGCCAUCGACCACGUGGCCCGUCUCCUCUUCUGGACCGACUCCAUGCGAGACACCGUGGAGGUUUCUAAACUGGACGGCAGCCAGCGCAGAGUCCUGUUUGACACGGACCUGGUCAACCCUCGGCCCAUCGUCACCAACCCAGCAUACGGGCAGCUGUAUUGGGCAGACUGGAACAGAGACGGGCCUAAAAUUGAGAUGUCCUUCAUGGACGGGACAGAGCGGACUAUCCUGGUGAAGGACGACCUGGGGCUUCCCAAUGGGCUGACCUUUGACCCCGACAGCCAGCAGCUGUGCUGGGCCGAUGCAGGUACUCGUAAGGUGGAGUGCAUGGAUCCCCACCGCCGGCUGAGGAGACAGAUCGUUGACGGGAUCCAGUAUCCGUUCGCUCUCGUCUCCUUUGGAAGGACCCUCUACUACACCGACUGGAGGAGGGAGGCGGUGGUCGCCGUCGACCGUCACUCGGAGAGAGAGACAGAAGAGUUUCUGCCACAGAAACGCUCACGGCUGUACGGCAUCACCACAACAUCCACGCACUGUCCUCAAGGUACAACUCCAGUCCGUCUGGUCAACGGACAACAAGUUCCAGAACCAGAUAUUUAGCCAGGAUGCACUGAUGCACGUCGUUAUGCUACUUUCUCAUGUGACCAUGUGAGAAAAAGAGGUGAUGCCGACCUCUGGAUGAAGCCAGGCUAAGCCAGGCUAAGCCAGGCUAAGUCAGGCUGGCAGCUUCCAGUCUUUAUGCUGAGCUAGGCCAGCACAUCCAGCUCUGUACGCACACAGACUGAUCAUCCAUCAGAACCAAAACAAAUAUCUA